GUUAUGGGUUCGCUAUCAAAGAUAUUGUCGAUCCAGUUGACAUAUUGAAAUUAUUUGUUGAAAAGUCUGACCCAGAUAUGGCUUUAAGGUAAAAAAGGAUAUUGAUGAACUAUUCUAUGAAUUUUAGGUAUGCAAGUAUUUUUCCACAUUCGCAACUUCUGUUCUGUUCCAUUAUAGAAGAAUUUGGAAAGAAACGAGACAUGGCUUCUGCUAUGAGAGCCUAUGAAACCUCCAAAGAAAAGUCUGGUGGUUUCAACAUGUUUGCAUGCCGAAGCAUAAUUGAUGUAUGUGGUCUUUGUGGAGACUUUUUGAAAUCCAGGAGUGUUUUUCAGGAGUUACUUGAUCAGAAGAUCACUCCAAAUGUAUACGUUUUCAACAGCCUCAUGAAUGUGAAUUCUCAUGACUUGAGCUACACCUUGCAUGUUUACAAGGAUAUGCAAAACCUAGGUGUGCCGAUGGAUGUGACAUCUUAUAAUGUACUUUUGAAAGCAUGUUGUAAUGCCCAAAGAGUUGAUUUAGCACAAGAUAUUUACAAGGAAAUAAAGCAUAUGGCAUCCAAAGGAGAUCUUCAAUUGGAUGUAAUCACAUACAGUACAAUGAUAAAGGUGUUUGCUGAUGCGAAAAUGUUGCAAAUGGCUCUGAACAUAAAGGAAGACAUGCUUUUAGCUGACGUGAGCCCGAAUAUGAUUACUUGGUCAUCCUUGAUCAGUGCUUGUGCUAAUGCUGGUUUAUCGGAUCGUGCCAUUCAAAUGUUUGAAGAAAUGCUUAUGGCUGGCUGUGAACCUAAUGCUCAAUGUUGCAACAUUCUUCUUGAUGCUUGUGUUAAGUCAUGUCAGUAUGACAGAGCAUUUAGAUUUUUCUAUUCCUGGAAAACGAAUGGGAUUCAGAUUUUGAAUGCAACUAAUGGUGAGAUAUACAGUAUGGACCUCAUAUUAGCUUUAAUAGACUACAUCCGUCUUAAAAAGAUUCUCAAAUUUUCAGGGGUUGCUAAAGUGGUACCUUUCAAACCAACAGUCGCUACAUUUAACAUUUUGAUGAAGGCUUGUGGUACUGAUUAUUACCGUGCGAAAGCUGUGAUGGAGGAUAUGAAAGCAAUGGGCCUUUCUCCUAAUCACAUUAGCUGGUCUAUUCUAGUUGAUAUCUGUGGAACUUCUCAAAAUACGAAGGGUGCUAUGGAGGCAUUCAGAAGUAUGCGAGGUGUUGGAGUUAAGCUUGAUGUGGUUGCGUAUACAACAGCAAUCAAGGCAUGUGUUGAGAAUAAAAAACUGAAGAUGGCAUUCUCUUUAUUUGAAGAGAUGAAAAGAUAUCGACUACAACCCAAUUUGGUGACAUAUAACACUCUUUUAAGAGCUCGUAGGAGGUAUGGUUCGCUGCUCGAAGUCCAGCAGUGCUUGUCGAUAUACCAAGAAAUGCGGAAAGCAGGAUACAGUGCCAAUGACUAUUAUCUCAAAGAAUUACUUGAGGAAUGGUGUGAAGGAGUUAUACGCAAUGAUCAAGAUCGAGCCCUCACUGGUAUCCCCAAAAAGCAUAAGAUAUUUUACUCCAAGAAGCAUCAUGGUCUACUACUUGAAAAAGUGGCAGACUACUUGCAAAAGGAUGUUGGUGACAAUCAUGCUAUUGAUAUUAGGGGCCUUACCAAGGUUGAGGCUCGGAUCGUUGUUCUUUCAGUUUUGUGGAAAAUCAGAGAUAAUUAUCGCACGGCAAGAAAGAUUGUUCAAGAAGAUAUGAUCAUCAUGGCAGGAGCUGGGAAAGAAAUGAUGGGGUCAGCUAACCAUGAGCUCGAGGUGCAACUUGCAAUUGUUAAAGUUCUCCAAGAUGAACUGGGCCUUGAAGUCAUUGCCGGUCAUGGGAGUGGGGGUGGGAAUCGUGUACCUGGCCUUGAUGAUGUAAAUAAUUCUGAUGGUGUCGAAAAAAUUCAGCUGCUGAAUGAUUAUAGACAUGUGGUUAGAAGGCCACAAGAGUUAGGAGUAUUGAAAGUCUCUAGGAAAUCAUUAUGUAAUUGGCUACAGAAAAGGGAAGGCACUUGAAGACACUAAUCAUGCUACAGUUAUUAAGAAGUAGCAUCUUCGGUUGAUUCUAUUUCCUUCCUUUUUUUGUUCUUGUAUUUGAUAUCAGUUCUUUGAGCAGUCUUGAGUCCCCUUGAUCUCAAGGGACUGCUCAUGUUGCAUAGUUUGCUCAUGUUGCGUAAAAAGUUGUAUGUAUAUCCUUCAUUGUACAUUGUUUCGGAUCUUCAGUGUAUUAAAGGAGAAAUCUACCUUGCAUUCAAUAAAAUUGAUGGGUAUUGUUUGUCA